ACCCUUGCUCAUCCAAUAUGGCGGAUAAAGUGCAAAUAAUCUGUUUAUCUGUAGAUUUGGUAAUUUUGGUUUGAAAUCUUCACUUUUCCGCAAUUUUUAUCGUAGUAGCUCAGUCAAGGAUUGUAGGCAAUGAGCCUAUAGUGGAUUAAUUUGUGGUGCAGUAGAAAAUGAAGCGAAGAUUUAGCGGCUCAAGCACUUUAAUUUUGACGAGCCCAAUCGAUGGAAGUCAAAAUAGUGAAAGCGAAAGUGGGCAUACCCUUCGUUUGAGCAAGCGUUCCAAGCCAGCAGCACUAAGUGAAGCGCGUAAACUUUCCAAGGAGCUAUCAGAUAGCCGAACGUCAAAAGAGGCACUGACAAUUCUGGUGAGAUUUUCGAAACAACUUCCUCUCGACACCUUGGAAGAAAAUGAAUUUGCUGCGAAAGUUAUCGUGGAACGCGUGAGCAAGGAAGAAGAUGUCACGAAUCGUGUGAAAUUGUUUUCAAUCUUGGGCACUUUACUAAAGUAUCCUCACAUGAAUUUAAAAUAUGUUGUGGAGGAAGCUAUUCGAUGUUUGAGUAAGGAAGAAUCCCACAACGUUAUUGCAGAGAUACUGAGUACUCUCGAAAUCAUUGGAAGAUUUCUACCAUCACAGGUUGAACUUCAUGCAAGAAUUCUUCAUUUGGCAAGUGAGCAUCUUAAAAAUUCCCAUUACUUGGUCCGAUGUCGUUGUUUAAACAUUAUUGCUACCAUGGAUAGCUCAGCAAGUCUUCAAGAUGACUCUAGGCCUGCCCAGUUAGUAGCAUCUUUGCAGACAUUCACAUCUGAUUCAGAUCCUCGUGUUCGAACUGAAGCAAUCGAAUUAAUUCUACAUGGUCGUGGUUUGGAUUUACGCCUGGUGUAUGACAGUGCUUGUGAAGCACUAAAAGAUGAUUAUGAAGAAGUCCGAAUAAAGGCUGUCAAGCUGAUUUGGGUCUUUAGUCAGCUGCAUCCCGAGCGGAUGAUCGCAUCAGCCACGGGAGACCAAAGACGAUGCGUCGACGAUGCAUUUGUUCGCAUAUGUCAGAUGGUCACUGAUCUCUCAAUGAAAGUACGAGUUCAAGCUGCUGGACUGCUUGGCUCCUUACAUCUUGUGAGCCAGAUCUAUUUACAGCAAACACUUCACAAGAAGGUUAUGUCACAUCUCAAAAGAAAAAAGACAGAUCACGAACAGCAGCGAGAGCUGCACGCGUCUGGUUUGAAAGGCAGCGAGAGGUGGGGAACUCGAACUGCAAAAACUGCAACUGCUUCAGCUGAAGUAAAUCCGGAAGAGGUGUCUCUGAUCGAUAGUGGUGCUUGUGGAGCUUUCGUAUACGGUCUUGAGGAUGAACUAUUGGAGGUUCGUUCAGCGGCCGUGGAUUCACUAUGCGAACUUGCCGAUCAGCAUCCGGAGUUUGCUCGACAAUCAUUGGAUUUCCUUGUCGACAUGUUCAACGACGAAAUCGAGAGGGUUCGUUUGAAUGCCAUUCACAGUUUAAGGAAAGUGAGCCGCCAUGUUGUCUUGAGGGAAGAUCAGCUGGAGACCAUUUUGGGCGUCCUUGAUGAUUCCUCGUGGGAAAUUCGCGAGGCAGUCCGUGAACUCCUAUCUUUUUGCCAUCUUUCGACGCGUGCGUGUCUUCAUGACGCAAUUUAUGCCUUACUGCGUAACCUCACGAAAUAUCCCCAAGACAAAAAAUCAAUAUGGAGCUGUUUGAAACAUCUGGGUGGACAGCACGAGAAUCUCGCCGUGUCACUCGUUCCCGAGCUGCUAUCAACACAUCCUUUCUUUGCGACGUCCGAACCGGAUGUGGAUGAUCCCGCAUACGUGGGGAUGGUUGUGAUCGUUCUAAAUGCUGCCCUCAACAGUCCUACGAUAGUACCCAUCCUUCCCCUCACACGCCGUCACUACUACUACCUUCGUGACAAAUAUCCCGAACUCUUACCCGUGAUAUCGUUGGGCACGAAGACGUCACGUGCGUGCGGGCUGAAGACACGAAGCAUAGAUGUUGAAACUCCCGAGGUCUUUCUAUCAAGAAGUUUAUCGGCUGCCGUAAAAGCUUCACUUAUUGGAGAUAAGAAAUUAAAGAUAACAAGUUUGAAGAGGAUCAAGAAAGAUCUCGAACAUUUUUCUGACGUGAAAUCGAGGUGUUCCGCGACGGCGAAAUGUGCGUUGAUGUACAUCAAAAACCAAAUCGCCGUUCUCGAGAUUCAAACGCAGCCGUUUUGGGAUAGUCCUUCCGUGUUAUGCUGCAACUGUGGCCUCCUCACUCCCGCUUUGUUGCAGAAUCUCAUUGUGUUCUCCUACAAAAUGGACGCCUUGUUCGUUGGUCUUGACGCCGAUCAACGUGAAGCGAUCAGGGAGAUCAGGCUAUUGGCUCACAGUCUUCUCAUUCUAUACCUGCAUAGGAACAGCCCGAAAGCUCUUCAGAGUAACAGUAUGGCCGUCAGCGUGUGGGAGCAACUUCUGGCGCGAGUUCGCUCGCAGAGUAAACUGUCACGCUCGGCUGAUGGCAAUAGAGAGUCUUUAAUAAAGUCCUUCAGCUCUUUUCAGGAUUUUGUCGAGUCGAAUAUUACGAAACCUUUGAUCAUCGUUGACUAUCUGCAGUCCCUGGUGCUCGAUUUCCAGCCUUCUUCGCUGGUUGUGGAAAACCAACUGCGCGAAGCUAGUGCGAUCAUCAAUGAGCCACAGGCAGGCUCGGAUAAUCCACUGCGAUUCCUAGCGGGACUUACACUUUGUAUUGACAUUGACGCGGAUAUUUCCAACGUAACACAUACGUCCCAAGUGUAUGUGCAGAUUGUUUUUCCUGAUUUAUCUGUUCAAUUAUUCAAACCUAAACCGACCGACUUUCGUCAAUUAUCGAAAAUGAAACACCGUCUUGUGACAAAAGUAUUAUUUUCUCACUCGUCGUGGUCAGAUCCUUGUCACGUGGAUAUCUCGUUGGUUUUAAAAUAUUCUCAGGACAUCAACGAGCAAGAAGUGGUCGACUUCGUGGAUUCUGCCAUGGCGAAGACUGAGAAAAUCGACAAGAAGGUGGUCGUGCAGAUCAAGAACUGUGCGGACAAUUUACAAGAUGGUUAUGUCGAACUUUGUGCACCUGUUCAAGUAUACGUAUUGCCAAAAUCCUCUUGUCAUUAAACAAAACACUCAUGGCGAUAACAUGAAGUACGACGCACGUAGGUUAGUGGUAUGAUUUGAUGGAAGUGCAUUGAUAUGAAAUCAGAUCUCAUUAAAAUCAUAAUCUUGUGCACUUGAGAGAGAUCUGGUGACUAGAACAUAGUUCCCAAGCGUGCUCAACCUCCUUGGAUAUUAUCAUUGCCUGCGGAUUAUAAAUUGCCUUCACUUACUAGACAUGCGAUUUCUAUUUCACGAGGUUGUGUACCAUGCUAUAAGUAAUAUGUUUUUCCGCAUUUAAUAAAAACGACGACUUUU